AUCCAAUUCAAUGUUUUUAAUUCCUUCUUUUAUUUGAAGAUUUUUAAAGUAUUUAGUAUUUAAAACAUGAGUAAACCAGUGAUAAUUAGUGGCGAAGCUUCCGAAACCGAUAGUGAAAAUGAUGCAGAUGAUAAAGUGAAUAUUAUGACAAAAUCCGUACAAGGCGCAAUAGUUACAGGUGAAGAUUCAGAAUCUGAAAACGAAAGUGAAGCUAGUAUUGCCAGUGCUCUAUCUGCUCUGAACUUCAACCCAGAGAGUACAAUGGAGACGCCAGAGGAAGAAAAUACAUAUGACUCAUUAUUCCAUCAGAAACUGAGAGACUGCAACAUUCAAUUAUACAACAAUAUUGAAAGUACUUAUCAAAAUGUGAUAUCCCAAGCAAGUAGAAACCUGAACAACAUUGAGCAACAGUUGCUUCGUUCUCAACUAACUAUGCAAAAUGCUGUCAUGUCUCUGAAGACACUAAGUGUUAACUCUCUGAUGAUUAAAAGUAAACUUCAUUCUCUCCUAUCAUCAGAUUUCUUAUCUAAUGUUACUGUUAAAAAACCUUAGUAAAUAUAAUCAGUUAUGUAGUUAUUUAUUAAUUUCUAUUGUGAUUAUAACAAUUUACUUCACAAUAUAAUGAU